CACGGAUGGGCAAGAGAGAGCACAUGUCCAGCAAGAACGCCGACGCGCUCCCCGUCGUUGACCUGGCGCCGUUCUUGGUCGCCGCCGGGGGCGACGGCGGCGUCUCCCGCGCGACCGAGGCGGUGCGCGCGGCGUGCUGGGAGUACGGGUUCUUCCGCGUCGUCAACCACGGCGUGCCGCCCGAGCUGACGGCGCGCGUGCUAGAGCUGUCGGCCGUGUUCUUCGCGCUGCCAGACGAGGAGAAGGCCAAGGUCCGGCCGGUCGAGGGGUCCGGGGCGCCCCUCCCCGCCGGCUACGCGCGGCAGCCGGCGCACUCGGCCGACAAGAACGAAUACUUGCUGGUCUUUGAUCCUCAGCUCGGCUUCAACCUGUACCCCGAUGAACCAACCGGGUUCAGGGAGGCACUGGACGAGUGCUUCGGGAAGCUCACCCAGCUGGGAGUGCUUAUCCAGGAAAUCCUGAACGAGUCCAUGGGCCUCCCGCCGGGCUUCCUCAAGGAGUACAACGGUGACCGCAGCUUCGACUUCAUGGCGUCGCUGCGCUACUCCCCGGCGACGGCGGAGGAGAACAACGGCAUCAGCGAGCACGAGGACAGCAACUGCAUCACCUUCGUCCUGCAGGACGGCGCCGGCGGCCUCGAGGUCCUCAAGGACGGCGUCUGGGUACCCGCUGACCCCGUUGAAGGCAGCAUCAUCGUCAACCUCGGCGAUGUCAUCCAGGUGCUGACCAACGGCAAAAUGAAGAGCGCGACGCACCGGGUGGUGAGGAAGCCGGCGGUGCACAGGCACUCGCUGGCCUUCUUCUUCAACGUCCACGGCGACAGGUGGGUCGAGCCGCUGCCGGAGUACACGGAGAAGAUCGGGGAGGCGCCGCGGUACAGGAGGUUCCUCUACAGCGAGUACCAGCAGCUGCGGAUGAGGAACAAGACACACCCGCCAGCAAGGCCCGAGGACGUCGUCAACAUCACCCACUAUGCAAUCUAGCUUUACGUACGAAACAACGAAGAAAUAAAGGCCAUUGAUGCGUGAAAAAAAAAAGGAUGGAAGUAAAUUCAUCGGUGGGGACUAAUCAAUGGACCAUUUAUCGUAUUUAUUUAUAUUAAAAUUCUGUGUUUCCUGAAUUACAUUAUUCCAUUGUCGUCUAGUCCGGUUAGGAUACCUGGCUUUCACCCAGGCGAUCCGGGUUCAAAUCCCGGCAAUGGAAUGCUUUUGUUUAUUUGUUUUUUCAUUUUUUUCCAAUACCCCUCCGGUUUCGUU